AUGGUCUCCCCCAAAGAGCGCGAGGUGCUUCGCGCCGAAGUCCGAGCGCGAAACAACAAGCUCAGCGCUGCCGACCGCGAGGCCCUGCUGAAGCCCUACCUGCCCGACCCAGCCGACCUCACCACCUCGCGACACGCCCGCGGCACCCGCAAACCGCGCAAGACGCCUAUCCGGACCUUCAUCAAGUCGCAAAUCCACCACCUCACCUACGCCUUGACACACAUCAUCUUCGGCAUCGUCGUCCGUCUGAUCCAGACCUACCAUGCCGUCGUCGACCGCGUCCUUGCUAUCGUAUAUCACCACCACCGAACUCCCGAGUUAAUUCGCAAGGAUGUGCGCGGUCUGAAGCGACUCCCACAGCACCUGAGUGUUAUUCUGACGCUUCGCACGGAGGACGAUGCCCUCGCCGUACUCAUGGAUGAGGUUGCGGAGCUCGCGGCGUGGUGUACGUGUGCGGGGAUUGGGCAGCUCAGCGUGUACGAGAAGACAGGCGUCCUGAAAUCUUGCAUCCCAGCCCUCCACCAGAUCAUCACCACGAAACUGGCCUCGUACUACGGAACCCCGUCCCAGCAACCCUCUCUCCAACUCUACGCACCACACCACCCAAUCCACGGCACCCGCUCCAACUCCGACAACCCCUCUCUCACCCUCCUCCUCCUCUCCUCCACCGACGGCCGCGAAACCAUCGUCGACCUCACCAAGACACUGGCAGAGAUGUCCCAGAGCGGAAAGCUCUCGCCGGAGGAUAUUACGCCGGAGCUGGUGGACGCAGAGAUUACAGAAAUCACAACUCACCCGCUACAGGAUGGAGAUGCCAGCAGUGGAGAUUUGUUGAAGCCAGAGCCGGAUCUUUUGCUUGUUUUCGGCCCCUUCCUGAAACUGGACGGAUACCCGCCGUGGCAGAUUCGGUUGACGGAGAUGUAUUGUACCGGAGACCGCAGUCAUGGGCUGACAGGGUAUGGCGAGGCGGUGGAAUACCAGGGGUUCAUGCGGGGAUUGUGGCAUUAUGCUGGGGCGCAGAUGCGGUUUGGUAGGUAG